UGUUUGUAGCAGCGCUGUAUUCGGGAUCGCGGAUCGGCAGUCGCUCUGGCAGAAACAGUGACAUUAACAUGAAAGUAGGCUGGUGGUUCACUGGUUGAAAAUUCCUGUUCAUACACAUACACACAUAUAUUUUGACGGCCAGUCUAUGUGUGUGACAUAACAAAAUCACGGGAUACUGAAAUACGGAAGUGGCGUCGUGGACUGAUGGGGGAAUUUAGUGUGAGUGGCAACACGAGUAUAGGAUUAAGUGCAGCGGAAAUCACCGUCAACUCGUCAAAGUCAAAUCAAAACACGAUCUUCUAUUCUUCAACGGCGACGACUGGAAACAACAACGGUACGGACCUCCUGAUCACGUCGAAGAGUUACAGUGCGAUAAUGCAAGAUGAUUCUUCCGAGAAAACGGUGGCAGCUGUCAGUAGCAGUUCGAAGAACGGAGAUGAAUUGUCGAGCACCGUGGUGUCCUCCGUGGUCGGAGCGGCGAUCACCACAUCGACGUCGUCCGACAAGAGCGCGCCUUCCAAGGAAACCGAGGUACCAUCAAGUACCGCCGUGAACGAGCUGACGUCACCAGCAGCAGCACCAGCCGACAAACUAACUCCUAACCAGGUCACUUCCGCCAGCAGCAAGUCCGUACCAUCACUUCCUACUUUCUUCCAUCCGGCAGAAGCGACCACGCCAGCUGGGGCUCUGUGGUCGACGGCGAUAGAAGACGGGUUCGUGCCCAACCUGAACGGCAUGGGCUUUCAGAACUUCCCAUCGCCCAACCAGCAACAGCUGUAUGGAGGAAACAUAGGCCAGAACCAGUCGAACCAAACGCGGAGAGCUAUCACUGCUAGCCACAACUUCUCCCCACAAAUGGGCAGACAACAGUCGUUGUCCAACCAUCCGCUUUACGCGAAAAGUUUCGGGUCGUGGACGGGAGCACCACCGGGUCCUCCGGGCCAGGGCUGGAACCCUGGGUCCACUGGAGGGGGUCCUGGUGGUUCUGCUUGGAGUCGAGGACGCAGCGUACCAAAUUUGACACCCCUGCAGCAGAUGGGGGUUGGAAUGACGCCUGGUCGCAAGCCUAGUCCCACUUUCAAUCAGCAACAACAAGUGAUUUCUCCAGUCAAGUUUCGUAGGAGUACUUCGUAUCCUGGAAAGGGACCAUUUCCUCAACCUCCCACUUUUGAAAUCACGAAUAUGGACGAGGUUCGCGAGUUGCUACCGUUUCAGGAUAGAGGUGUUGUUAGUGCAAAUGGAAAUAGUCCAUUAGAAAAUAUGAGAGGAUUGGAACACUAUUUAAAUGAUAUUAUGGGUUCUCAACCAAAUUCGACUGAUAUAAAAGGUAACCGAGUUGUUGAUACCUGCGAAAAUAUUCGUGGUUUCAUAAAUUCAAAUGCGUUUCAAUCCUUACAAAUCCACGGAAAGUCACCGUAUUUUUCGGGACUUGAUGACCAGGCUGGACCUGUGCUUCUAGAAGAACCGAGUCAUUUAGUAGAUGGAACACAACCCUUAAGUUCGCCAUCAAGGUCUUCACCGCAUUCCCAAGGGUCAGAAGGUGGUGAACGAUUUUCAAGGAAAGUUUUUGUUGGUGGACUUCCUCCAGAUAUUGACGAAGACGAAAUAACUGUCAGUUUUAGGAGGUUUGGACCCUUGGUCGUAGAUUGGCCUCACAAAGCAGAAAGUAAAUCAUACUUUCCGCCCAAAGGAUAUGCCUUUUUGUUAUUUCAAGAUGAAAAUUCAGUUCAAAGUCUGAUAGACGCGUGUAUAACAGACGAGGAUAAGUUAUAUUUAUGCGUAUCGUCGCCCACAAUCAAAGAUAAGCCAGUACAAAUUAGACCGUGGAGGUUAUCCGAUGCAGAUUUCGUAUUAGAUGCCUCCAUGCCAUUGGACCCUAGGAAAACUGUUUUUGUCGGUGGUGUUCCUCGACCUCUUAAGGCUGUUGAAUUAGCUAUGAUAAUGGACAGACUGUACGGUGGAGUCUGUUAUGCGGGUAUCGAUACAGAUCCAGAACUGAAAUAUCCCAAAGGAGCUGGACGGGUGGCGUUCAGCAAUCAGCAGAGCUAUAUAGCAGCCAUCAGCGCUAGGUUUGUCCAGCUGCAGCACGGAGACAUAGACAAAAGGGUCGAAGUCAAGCCCUACGUGUUAGAUGAUCAAAUGUGCGACGAAUGCCAAGGGCAAAGAUGCGGUGGCAAGUUUGCACCUUUCUUUUGCGCUAAUGUCACUUGCUUACAGUACUAUUGUGAACACUGUUGGGCAACAAUCCAUUCGAGACCGGGCAGGGAGUUCCACAAACCCCUAGUUAAAGAAGGGGCCGACAGACCCAGGGCUGUGCCCUUUCGUUGGUGUUAACGCAGGGGUAAAGCGGCCCCCCGAGCCGUAGCCCUUUAGCUCAUUACCACGCAAUGACGGCUACGGCCCCACCACGUCUUAUCUCCCUUCCCAAACUCCUCUAGGCGAAAUAUUAGUACCGUAAAACAGUCCUGGACAGAGCUUAAAAGGACCUGAGAGGAAAAUCGUAGAAAGUCUUGGGUUUAGGGUAUAGUGACAGCGUUAAAAAAUCUAUCAAAUAUUUCCUUUUUUAAUACAGACAACACAUAUAAUUUUAUCUAAUAGAAUUUUUAGUUAUUGGGAUUCAAAUUGGUGGUUGCAAAUGCUAGAAAUUAAUAAUACCAUAUGGUUAAUAAGAUUUAUAAUGCCUUUAGACAAUGAUAACGAAAAUACGAGAAUUUCCUUCUGUUUUGACUUGAAGAAAUUUUAUUUAACGGAGCUGUCAAUAAAUUAUAAAAAUUAUUAAUCUUAUGAUAUAUAAAACCUUGUUAGUAAAGAAAAUGUUAUUUUAAUAUGGUAAGGGCUUCAGUUUAUCUGUGGUAUAUUAAUUAGUACUAGUCUAGUCCAUGAUUUGUCUUUGAUUACGUUGUGCUGUCAAACAGUGUAGAUUUAAACUAAUUUUGACUGAUAUAUCAUUAUAUCUCUAAGAAAUGAUUCUUGUUUUAACAUAAUUCUAAUAAGGAUUUAAUCGAUAUUUUAAAAAUACGCUUAUCUAGGUAAUGAUUAAAUAUAAGAUUAAAAUUCUAGCGCACGCUACUGAUUUAUUACAAGAAAAUGGUAAUGUUAGUAACGGCGUCCGCUUCCGACGUGAUGAUUUGCUUGAUUUGAAUGUAACCUAUUAGCAGGGCAAGGAAAAUAUAUAAGAAAAGCGCCCGAGUUUUCAAAAUCAAUAAAAUACGAAAUAAAAUGCGCCGUUGCCGGUUUGAGCUACGAUUCAGUAGAUUUACUGAAAAAAAAACAAUUUGGAAGUAACGUCGUGAACGUAAAGGCCUAUUCCAAUGUUAUACGACUUUCUGCACUUUCUCUCAGAGCCUACGAGUCUAGGACUAGUUAGUAGCAAUUAUACAUAUUUAAAAAUAUUACUUAUAUUAAAAGAUAUCUCUUGUAAAUUGGAGCAGGACGAUGGCUACUAUUUUUCUGCACUAGUCAUCCGACGCGAUAAACUUUGGCCUAUGCCGUUAUACAGGGUAGAUCAAAAGUUUCGUCACAUAAAAACCAGUUUUACCUAUACCAGUAAAAAAAUGUGAAUUUUUAAAACUCUUGAACAGCCCUGUGCAACUGGCGUAAUUUUUCUCAUUAGUAUAUUCUAAAUCUGUAUUUCAAAACCUGUUCAAGGCAAUUCCGAAAAGAGUUAACUGAGUUCGUCAACUGAAUAACACAAGUCUUGCUUUCUAGCAACUCUCUCACCAUCUUUAACUUUGCUGUAAUUUAGUAAAUACACUAUUAAAACUCUAGAUGAAUAUUUGAAGAGUAGGACUUGGUUAUGGCAAUUGAUAAAUGAACUAAUUUUGUUUGACUUGUCACUUGUCAUGUUUUGAGACAGAUUCUGUUGAACAAAACUUAAUGAGGUGACUAAAAUUAGAAGCAUAUUUUAUAAAUUUCGAUUUUUUAUAAUGCCACAAAACUUUUUUAAAGCUUUUUUUAUAGAUAGAUAUAUAUUAAAUUUUUAAGUCUAUAAGAAUCUGCACAAAGUGUUUUUUAUCCUUUUAUGUAUUUUCCUCAAUCCCAUAAUUUUUGUUGGAAUUCAAAAUUUUAUAAAACUGUUCGAAAUUAUAAAUUGUAAUGUAUAUUUUUGUGCAUUUUUUUGUAGAUUGGUCUUUGUUUUAAUAAUGUAUGUACAAGAUCGCGGUGAUUUUUAAGAAUUUUUUGUUUCUGUGUGGCAUCUUUAUCGUUUUUAGUUUUGAUUUGAAACUAGUGUGGAAGUUAACAUAUACCGUACCCCUUUAACCGCUAUCUUGUCAACUUAAAUCGUUUUUAUUUUAUAAUGGACAUAUUAGUAAAUUUAUUAAAUUGUAAUAUAAAGUCGAGUGUGGAAUGUCUAGUCUAAUAAUUCUAUCUGGUAGUAAAGGCCAAAGGGCUAACAUUUUUUACUAUUACUAUUAUUAUAAUUAUUAAUUAUAAUUCUUUUUUAUCUAGCAUGUUAUUACUAAAUACCAUUUUUAACCGUAAGCGGUUGCAGUUACUAUAGAUCGUUUGACCUACAGAUCAACAAGUUUUAUGGCUAGAACUGACAAACAAGUUUGCGCAUCCAUGCAUGCUGAAAUUGCUUAAAACCAAAAAAAAAUUAAAGAAAUCUUUGUGAUAGAAAUCGACUGACCAAACAUCAGACCAUGAAGGUUUUGUUGAUCUGUUAGUAUGUUUAAAUUUGAUGCAUGUAGACUUUUUUCAUAUAUACAGGGUAUAUCAAAAUUUCUAAAAAGAUACUACGAAAUACUUGACCAAAAACCAAUGAGAACACAGGUAAUCGAAGAAAGAAAAAAAAUUUCGGGAAAACGUGUAAGAUUAUGCACUAAACUUUUUCAAGUACAAAUAAUAAUUUUUUUGUAUGUUGUGCAUUUCCUUUUGAUGGGGAUAUUAUAGAUGACAAAACACGGGAGGUUUUUCUUUUUGGUGGUGCACCAAACUCAAGUAAGUACAAAGGAAGAAAAAAAGGAAGAAUUUACUUUUUUCUUAAAAAUCACCUAACAACGCGGUAUAGUUAUAAUAUUUUCAGGGUAUUGUAUAUAUUAGUCUAACAAAAAGAACGGAUACUGUGCAGAUAUUAUGUAGCUUUAAAAAAUCGUCCAGCUCGUGUACCUGACUGGAAAAUAAUUGCAUUAUUCAAUUUUCUUGAAAAAUUCAAAAUUGGUCAAGUAUCGGAAUAUUUAUUAAUAAAUAUCAACUAGAAAUUAUUUGAUUUAAUACACUUCUUAUUAAUAUACAAAAAUAAUUUUCCCAGAAUAUUUCUAUUAAAUGUAGAAAUGUCUAUACCUAUUUUUUCUAAGAAAUUUUUCUAGAGAAUAUAAAAUAGCUCAGAGAAUAUCUUUCAGUAUUAAAAAAAUAUAUUUUUAAAAUAUCUACACCUUACUAUAAUAAUCAAAGUGAUAUUUAAUAAUAAAUCUAAUUUUAUAUAUUUCGGUAUAAUACCUCUGUGAGUUUAUAUCGUUUUAUAUAUUUAUAUUUUGACCGAUUUGAUGUUUUUUUGGCCACUCUGCUAUUGAAAACCAGCCUUUCUUACUUUUCUGUAAGGACAUAGUCUUCAGAAUACGUUUUUUUUCAAAUAAUCUUUAUCCGAGAAAAAAAUAUAUAAUAUGGUAUUUGGUAACACUUCAUUCAUAUCAAGGUUUGAAAGAAUUUUCUCGAUAUAUAUAUCUCAUCAAAAAAAUGUUUUAAAUGUUAUUAUACUUAAGGAUAUAGAUAAUAUAUUCUUUUUGGCGCUAUUAAUAACUUAAAUUGCGUAUUAGUUUACAUAUUUCCGAAAGAUGAUGCGAAAAAUUUAUUAUACAACGUAAAAUUUUCUAUGUCACAAAAAUAGGUCUCUUAAUUAAACUUUUCUGGAUGAAAAAAUUUCAAACUAAUCGAAAAUAUACAAAUGGUAGCAAUUAUUAGGGAAUAUUAAGUUGUAUAAUGAUAAUAUGUGGAAUGAUUCUGAUCGGAGUUAGGUAUGCAAAAAAUUGAUCGAGAAGGAAAAAAAACUGAAGACCAUGUGGCUAUUGACCAGCUUCCGCUUGCCUAUCCGCCAUAUAUUUACCCGCAAUUUUGACCGACCUUUAUUUUCGUGUGUGAUAACCAUUAACGUUUUAAAUGUAUUAAAUCAAUUUACACGGAUAUGUAUAUAGUCAGCUAUUCUAAGACUUUGUAUUUUUUAAAUUUGAAUUUUUAUACUAAGCUGUUAUAAAUGGUGAUUAGUAAAAGUUUGUGUGCAAUAAAAGAGAAAAAAACAAAUAUAUAACCAGCCUCGAAGGCGAUUUUUUAGAUUUUUAUCUUUUACUGUAAUUCGAAAUCAUACUAUCCUAGGUAAUUGUGUAUAUAAAAAAAAACAAAAAAAUGAUAUGCAAAAAGCAGAACUGCAGAAAUCUAAAAGCUGCUGUUUAUAGCAAGGUUUACAUACGUAUUUCGUAGUUGAAAUUGCUUAUGUCUUCGUCUUUGUCCAAGUAAUACUAAUAUUUAUGGGUUCUUUUAUCUAUACCAGAACAAUUCUAACGUCCCAGUAUAUUUCAAGUCUAAUCAAAUAUUCACUCUCUUAAUUUCAAAAUUUUAAUAUAUUUUUUAAAACUUUUUAAAUUGACCUCUUAUAGUUAAGCUCUUAUAUACUAUGAUAAAAUUCAAGUUAAAGUAGGCUAUAUAAUAGAAGAACUAAUAAAGUUAUUUAAUACUUUGUAGCCUCAAAUAUCAAAUAAGGAUUAUUAAAUAGUUUAUAAGAAUAUUAAAAUAAACGCACCCAUCCAAACAAAAACAAAUCUUAUUCAUAAUGUUAAUGACAUUUUUAAAAUAUUGUUUCUGUUUUCUGUACUUGUAAUUUAAGUGUAUUUAUAGUAUUAUUUUGACAAAGGUGUAUAGGCAAUUGCUUACAAAUGAAACCAUCUGUAACAUGGUACAAAUAUGUAUUUGAUAUGAUUUGUAACAAUUUACACUCCCUUUUCUACUAUUUGUAUUCGCAAGAGAAAAAAAAUGUCCGAGAAUAUAGAUCGAACAGUGGCAACAAAAAAUGUAAUAUUACUGUGUAGGCCAAUGUCGUUUUUAUCUGUUCAAUGAGAUUUAGAAUUUCGCGCUGUUAUCAAAUACAGACCAGUGCUUAUAUUUCAUAUUUUUAAUAUGUAUAAGCGAAACAUAUUUAUUGGAAAUCUUUAAAUUUCGAUAUUUUUCACCAUUUUUGAACUGUUUUACAUUUUUGAGUUUAUAAUUUUCUCUACAAAAGGCAGUGGUUAAGGAAAAAUACCUGUUAUUUUAAUUCAAAGACAUUUUGAAACUAAUUAUUAUUAAUUUUUCGGUAAUUUUUCAAAAUUAAAAAAAUGAUAUCCACUGCUCUUUUGUCGAUUAAAUGAUUCUGAUUUUGACUUGCAAGGACCAGAAUGCGAAGUUUUUGUAAUCGAUAGCCUGUUUGAUCACGUGAAAUUCGUAUCGUUUCCCAUAUGAAGUAACUAUUUUGAACACCAAGGAAGAGGAGGAAGUACACAUAAUAUACACUACAAAUAAAUAAUAAUAAUGGUUUAAUUUUGUACAUAAUGAAAAUCGCGUGGUCUUACGUACACGUGAUAUAAUAGUUGGUAAUUUCAGUCAGAUAAAACUAUUAACAUUUCAUUUUUCUUAUUUUUUUUGGGGGAGAUUUAGAUACAAAUUUCAUGUAUUAUAUAGUUACCCUUUUUAGUGCAAUAUAUCGGGCUGUGUCUUAACUUGGCAUAGGGGCUCGAUUUGUAGGGUUUAGUCAAUUGUUUCAGAUUCUUAUUGUUGGUCUAUUGGUUGUAUCUUCGGUUUUUGUCCGAACGGAGACCAAUGGCUGUUUUGACUAGCACCAAAGUAGAUUUUUAUCAUACCGUAUUAUUUUUUGUAAUAAUGUAUUUUACUAAAUAUUUAAAUUGUUUUUAUAAUUAUUUUAUACACUUUUAUAUGUUUGUUAGUCAAUCUUGAGGUAAGGUUUGUAAAACUUCUUGGGAAGUUCCUCAUUUACUGUUUUGUUAGAUGAUAUCAAACUUUUUAUGUUUUUUAUAAAUAAUAUAUAAAAUGUCAAUUUGUGUUUAUUUGAUAAACUGCUGUUAAACUUC